AUGGAUAGUAAGUUUAUAAAUCCACCGAAGUAUCAUAAUGACUAUAGAACAUGGAAGCAGGAAAUCGAGCUGUGGACGAAGGUUACAGGUUUGGCCAAGGCAAAGCAAGGCAUUGCGGUUUGUUUAACGCUUGAUGGCAAAGCAAAAGAAGUUGGAUUAUAGAAUUAGGAGACGAUCUCGGCGGCGAAGACGGACUUGGUCAUUUGUUAAGAAAGCUUGAUACGUUAUUUCUCAAGGCCACUACGGAAAGUGAUUACGAGGCGUAUAAAAAUUUUGAUACUGUUAGAAAAAAAACUAGUACAAGUAUGGCAGAAUACAUUGUUGACUUUGAUUCAUUUUACACCAAGAUCAAAAAGAGAGAGAUGGCUUUACCAGAAGCUGUUCUUGCCUUUAAAGUAUUGGACGGGGCAGGCUUGACAGAAAAUCAACGACAAUUAGCACUAACUGCUUGUUCUGACCUGAAAUAUAAAAGCUUGAAGUCUACACUAAAAAUAAUUUUUGGUGGUGCAUUGUCAGACAGUGCCAGCGGUGUGACAGGAGAUGAAGCAAUCUCGAUGAAACAAGAAGCAAUGUAUUCAGCAAGCAAUAGAACCCAAGUUUCGACAAGUUAGAACAUCUCUGAUAAAAGAUCGAUCUAAUCGUAAAACAAAUCAGUUAAACCGAUUUGGUCAACCAACUAGAUGUAGAAUUUGUCAGUCAAUUUUUCACUAUGCUACAAACUGCCCUGACAAAAGUGAGAGAAUUCAUUUAUCAGAGGAUGUACCACUAUCUGAAGAGGGUGUGGAAUCAGUAAAUAUCACAUUGUUGACCCAAAGUGAGAUAUUGAUAGCGGAGUCAUAUGGCACUGCGAUUCUUGAUACAGCUUGCACAAAAACUGUCUGUGGAAAGUCAUGGCUACAGAACUUUGUUGAGAAGGGUGGUAAAGUGUUAUCAACUCAGAAAAGUCAUAGACCUUUCAAGUUUGGUCAUGGAUCAUUAAUAUACUCUGACAAAGUAGUUAUAAUUGCAGCAAAAAUUGGGAAAACAAAUUGCGAAAUAAAAGUGGAGGUGGUACCGAUUGAACUGCCCUUACUGUUAAGCAAAGAGUCGCUAAAACGAGCUGGGGCAGAAUUAGAUAUACCUAAUGAUGAAGCGAUCCUGUUUGGUGAAAAACUAAAACUAGAACUGACUUCAUCUGGUCACUAUUGUGUUAGUAUAAUGGGGAAUCAAAACAAAGAUGAAGUUGAAGAUGUUAUGUAUUCGAAGACAACGUUUCAAGGUAUGAAUGAUGCUGAAAAACGGAAGAAACUCUUAAAACUACAUUAUCAAUUUGGACAUGCCAGUGCAAUGAAACUUAUUCAAUUACUUAAAUCAGCAGAUAUUAAGGAUGAACAAUUAUUUAUUAUCCUACAGGAAGUAGUGGAUGGAUGCGACACAUGUCAGAAGUUCAAGAAAUCUCCUGCAAGACCAGUAGUUGGUUUACCUCGAGCCAGUGACUUCAAUGAGACUGUUGCUGUUGACCUUCAUCAAUUGGGAAGUAAUAUAUGGUAUUUACAUAUAAUAGAUGAAUUUAGUAGAUUAAGUAAUGCAUGCAUAGUAUACAACAAAGAACCUGAAACAUUUAUUGAAAUGUUCAUUAAGCAUUGGGUUUCUGUUUAUGGGGCUCCCAAAAGAUUAGUUAGUGAUAAUGGGGGUGAAUUUAACAAUCAUUUAGUAAGAGAUAUGUGUGAAAAUUUUGGCAUUGAAGUUAUAACAACUCCUGCAUAUAGUCCAUGGAGUAAUGGUACAUGUGAGAGACAUAACUUGAUAUUAACUGAAAUAUUAGUUAAGCUUAGGGAAAGCCAUGCCUAUGACUGGGAAAUAUCCCUCUGUUGGGCAGUUGCUGCCAAGAAUGCUUUAAAUAAUGUUAAUGGGUUUAGCCCAUACCAAAUAGUCUUUGGCAGAAAUCCCAAUUUGCCUUCUGCUUUUAGUGACAAGCUACCUGCACUUGAGGGACAAACAACUUCUGAGAAUGUUGCUUCACACAUUAAUACAAUGUAUGCUGCCAGAGAAGCAUUUGUUAAGGCUGAACGGUCUGAGAGAAUAAGGAGAGCAUUGCGUAAGAAUACCAGAAAUACUGAUGAGGUAUAUAAGUCUGGUAACAAAGUAUAUUAUAAAAGACCGGAUGAAACAAAAUGGAAGGGGCCUGGUGUUGUUAUUGGAGUAGAAGGGCCAGUUGUGUUUGUGAGACAUGGUGGGUCUCUAGUGAGAGUUCACAGAUGCAGGCUACAAAAAGUGUGUAGUGAUGAUAAAGUAGUUUCUAGUGGUAAUACUGAAGCUGUGAGUUCACCUAGACCUUCAGUUGAUGAAGUUGAAAACACUUCAAAUGAUUCUUGCAAGUUGAAUAGUGACACAUCUGCAGAGACAGGGUCUGAGACAGAUAAAAGUGAGGGAUGCAGAAAGUCAUCUAGAGUAGUUAAAAAACCUGAUUGGUUAAAUGAUUAUGUUGAAGAUGUUGAUGAAGUCAUGCUUGUGAGUGAUAUUGAUGUGAACAAAGCAAAAAUGAGAGAAUUAGAAAGUUGGGGAGAGAAUGAGGUCUAUCACGAAGUGCCUUAUACAGGUCAAAAAUGUGUUUCAACUAGGUGGGUGUAUACCUUUAAGACAAUAAAUGAUUCUAUUGUUCCCAAAGCUAGGCUAGUUGCUCGGGGUUUUGAAGAAUAUGAUCAAACUAUUCAAAAAGACUCCCCCACUUGUGCACAUGAGUCACUUAGGUUGAUAAUUUCAGUUUUGGCCCAGAAUAAAUGGAAGCUUAAUUCUAUGGAUAUUAAAACUGCCUUCCUCCAAGGGCAAUCCAUAGACAGAGAUGUUUAUAUUAAACCUCCCAUUGAAGCCAAAGUUAAUUCGAAUACAGUUUGGAAGCUCAAUAAGUGUGUAUAUGGGUUAAGUGAUGCUUCUUUAAAUUGGUAUUGUAGGGUUAAAUCUCUGUUACUAGAAUUGGGAGCAUGUGUUUCUAAAGUUGACCCUGCUGUAUUUUAUUGGCUUGAUGAAAAUGGUGAUGUUUAUGGGAUGUUGGCAUGUCAUGUUGAUGAUUUUAUUUGGGGGGGUAAACCCGAAUUUGAAAAUGUCAUAGGUAGGAUAAGAUCUAUCUUAAGUGUUGGCAAAGAAAGCAAUAAAGCCUUCAAAUAUUGUGGUAUUGACUUGGAAAAUGGUGAAGAUGGUGUGAUAUAUCUUGAUCAGAUAGAUUAUACAGAUUUACUUAAACCUGUUGAAAUUACUGCUUCUAGAGCUUUUGAAAAAGAUAGUGAGUUGACGGAGUUAACUCAACAUGGCGAACAUGUGGUCACGCUGAUAGAGUUGUAA